UAUGAAUGUGAGAAUCUGAUUUCAGGAAAUAUAAAUACUUUUACUAUGGCUACAGACAGACCAAAACGAAGUAAUGCUGGUAGUCGCAUGCAAAAGUUAAUUGAAGAACAAGAGGAUGAGGAGGAUGAUUUUUAUAAAACCACAUAUGGGGGUUUUAAUGAAGAAGAAGAUGAUAACGAUUACGAAGAAGAAGAAAUAGAAGAAGAUGUUUGUGAUUCAGAUUUUAGUAUGUCAGAAAAGGAGGACGAAGUUGAAAAUGAAGAGGAAGAAAAAACAAAACGAAAACCGAAAAAGAAAAAACUUGUUAAAGUGUCAGGAGAUGCACCUGACAAACCAAGAAAACCUGCUGUAAAGAGAGUGUAUGAACCAGUCCAACCUCGUGAUAAAAAUGAACGAAUGCGAGCUAGUACACUUAUGAAGGCUGAGUUACUUUCAAAGAAAAACGCACAACAAGUACUAAAAAGACAUCCAAAAAUGCCACAGUUAAGGCGGCUGACUCAAGAGGAACUCUUAGCUGAAGCAGCUGUAACACAGGAACAAAAUUUAGCUUCCCUCGCACAAUUCCUGAAGUUAGAAGAAGAGAAGAAAAACAGUAAAAUGACUAAGAUACGAUUCCAAGGACCUACCAUUCGUUUUCAAUCCUUGCGCAUGCCGUUGAUAUCUUCUCAAGAUGGUGAAGCUGAGGAAGAGUACUGCACGCGAAAUUUUCUAGAAUUUACAGAUUCGCAAAACUUUCCUAAAAAUUACUUUCCAUCACGUAAAACAAAAUACCCAGAAAAAGCCAUAUGUGUUGUAACUGGACAUCCUGCAAAAUAUAGGGAUCCACAAACAAAUUUACCGUAUGCAUCUAUAGAAGCAUUUAGAUACAUUCGUCAACAUCGUAAGCGAAUAAAGGAUGAGCUGCUCUUGAAGAAUGAAGCAUUGCGAAGAAAAAAGAGAAAAGUUGACACUAUUUCUUAAAUUAUAUAUUAUUAUUAAAAACGUUGUAAAUUAUUCUGUGAAUAACUUCAAGUAAAGAAUGUAUAGAAUUCAAAA